AUGGCCGACGUUGUUAGACACACUAGACAGGCAGUAGUACCAGUAGUACUACCAGACUACCAGUUCCAUACGUGCACGAGCACGAGAUAGUUCAACGAAGUGAAAUAUAUUGCGCCAUUCGUUUCAUUAGCCCGUUUUUCUUCGAUUGAAUAUAAAGUGAUCAAUAACAGGUGUGGAACACUGCUGUGCAUGCUUCAAGCAUUAAUAAGAAUUUCAUCCAAAUCAGGAUGCUGUAAAAAGUGGAAGGGUUGAAAAGACUAGGAAAAAUGGACGUUCCUACCUUCAAUUAACAGUGGUCGGACGUUGCUACUUGCUAGUGUUCUCGGUUUUACUAAUGAUAUUGGUUCUUUGUGUUGGAGAAUACCAACUUCAAGUAUCAUCUGAGAACUGUAUACCCAUCUUCAACAAAGUUGAAACAUGGCGAAUUUGUUGUUAUUGCCGUUUGAGAUUAAGAAGGAAAAGUCAAAGGAUGAAUUUAUCAUACGUGAUCAUCCCAGUACGGUCAUCGAAACCUCAUCGUCAUCAAUAUUCAACAAUGUUGACCUACCUGACACUUCCUACAUCCUCGAUCUGCCAUCAGAAACAAUUAAUAGCGGAGGCCUAUCUGCCAUCCAGUUAGAAACCAUCAUCUACUCGUGUCAGAGACACGAACAAAAUUUGUCUGACGGUUCUCGAGCUGGAUACCUCAUCGGAGAAGGUGCCGGUGUUGGUAAAGGUCGGAUCGCAGCUGGCAUCAUCUUUGAAAAUUUCAUUCGUGGACGUAAGAAAUCAAUUUGGUUCUCAAUUUCAACUGACCUCAAGUACGACGCUGAACGUGAUUUGCGGGACAUCGGAUGUGGCGACAAGAUUGCAGUUCAUGCUGUAAACAAAUUGAAGAAUUCCAAAGUACGUACGGAUGUCACUGAGUCGACAAAAGAAGGCGUCAUUUUCUGUACUUACUCUGAUUUAAUUAACGAGUUGAGUUCCUCAACAAAAAGAUUAUUGUGCCUUGAACAACUGCUCAAAUGGUGUGGGCCAAAUUUCGACGGCGUUAUUGUUUUUGACGAGUGUCACCUCACGAAUGACAUCAAUUUCAGCGGACCGACUAAUAAGAGAAAAAUUGAAUUGGCUGUCUUACAACUGCAAAAUAAGUUGCCAAACGCAAGGAUCGUCUACAUUUCUACAACUGCCGUCUCGGAACCCCGCAGCAUGGCAAGCAUGGUUCGUCUUGGUCUUUGGGGAAAGGAUACAUUAUUCAAAGACUGUGGUCAAUUUAUUGAAAAUGUAAACAACUUAGGUGAGAUUGCCGGGGAUAUGAUAGCCAUGGAAAUGAGGCGACGUGGAUCUUACGUAAACCGUCAACUUUCUUUCAAGGAUGUCAUGUACCAAAUCGUCGAGGUCUGUCAAUUGCCGAAAUUCAUCACAACCUACGACAGUUCUGUUAAACUUUGGCUUCACCUUCGACAGUCUUUUACUGAAACAACGGAACUUGUAGAUUUAGGUCCAAAGGCACAAAAGAUUAUGUGGACUAAUUUUUGGUCAGCGCAUCACAGAUUUUUUAGAUGUCUGUGUAUUUCCGCCAAAGUAACACAUUCCGUCAAGUUGGCUAGUGAAGCUGUCAAACGCGGCGAAAGCGUUGUCAUUGGCCUUCAAUCAACAGGAGAAGCUUACACCCUUCAGAAAAUUCUGGACGAUGGAUCUGGAAUGUCAAAUUUCGUUUCACCUGCUAAAAUUGUUAUGCUGUCAUUGGUUGAAAAAUACUUUCCAGCUUCCGAUAGUCUCCAAUUGCUAGCCGAAGCUCCAAACAGCAAAGUAAUCGUUGGAGGUAAAAGGAAAUCUGUGAGUAACCUCGUAGGAACCCUCAAAAAGAUUAAACAAGAAUUAACUGAAGAUGCAUCGUAUUGCGAAAUAAUUGACAGCAGUGAUGCAUCUGCUCCAGUAUUUGACUACCAUUCAGACACCGACGCCGAUUCCAAGUUAAAAGACGAAGAGGCAGCAGAAGACAAAAGGAUCAAGCUUGAAAAUGCGUGGUUAAUCAAACAGAGACUUCUAGAGAAAAUUGAGGAACUUGGAACUAUACUUCCACUAAAUUGGAUGGAUCAACUCAUCGAUGAAUUCGGAGGACAAGAAAAUGUGGCCGAAAUUUCUAGUCGGAAGGGCCGUCUGGUCCAAAAAAACAAUGGCCUGGUCCAAUACGAGCCGCGCUCCGAAAAAGAUGUCCCAUUAGAUUUAAUCAACAUUCGUGAAAGGGAGCGUUUUAUGAACGGGGAAAAGAAAAUUGCCAUCGUUUCUGCAGCUGCCAGCUGUGGAAUUUCUCUUCACGCUGACAGACGAGCGAAAAAUCAGAGCCGUCGAAUUUACAUUUCGCUAGAAUUGCCGAAUAGCGCCGAGCUCGCUCUGCAGCAGUUCGGAUGCACUCAUCGCAGUAACCAAGCGAAAGCUCCGGAAUUCAUUUUUCUUGUUCCUGAAUUGGCUGGGGGAGAGACGAUCCGCAUUGAUCGUAGCUAAUCGUCUUCAAUUUCUGGGCGCCUAUAGAAAUCAAAGAUUAGAUGAAGGCUCCACUGAAUUCGAAGAAACUAGUGAUUAUGAAUCUGCGGUACUCGAUGCCAUUAACGUUAUUAUGGGCCAAAAAUCACCCGUUAUUCCCCUCCCUGUUGAUUACAAAGAUAUCAGAGCAGCACUAACUAAAGUUGGCCUCGGAUCAUCCAGCAUACUGCCUCUGACCAAAGAUGGUGUUCCAGAAAUCCUAAAUCGGAUUUUGGGCAUCCCUGUUGAACUUCAAGCCACUCUAUUGCAAUACUUCAAUGGUGUUCGAUCAACGAUCAGCAAUCAGGGAAAAAUGAACGGACGAAACGACUCGAAGAUUCUUGAUUUGGCCUUAAACAAAUAUGCCUAUCAUAGAAAAGUUCUGAAAUUUACCUCUAAAACUUCAAAAAACUUUAUCGCACCGGCUAAGAUUGAUCUACAUGAAAUUGAAGUUGAUAGUGGCUUGAAUUGGAGGACUUUAAAGGAAAAAUGGCUUACGAAAUCUAGAAAAGGAGUUGAAGGGUUUUAUUUUUCAAAAGAGGUAUCCAAUGGGAAACAAGACGUUCUACUUAUUCGAAAAAUAAAUACUGUUGGUGAAUGCCGAGACGAGGGAAAUUUAAAAUACAACCUGAUACGACCCAGUACGGGAGUGGAAAUAGUUCCAUCUUUGGCUGAAAUUACAAAAAUUACGUCCCUCAAAUCAGAUCAAUGCCGAAGCAGGUAAAGCCUAAUCCCAAAGCGCUAUGGAAUUUUCAUUACGACCACUCAAAAAAUUGUUGCAUUCACGAUUACUGGCUUAAAAGACACAGCGAAAAGCCAAACUUGAAGCCCACGAAAGAAUGCCAAGAAGGAUGUCAAGAAGGUGUACGGUCAUGUCCAACUUAUAAGCUUUUGGCUGGGUCAAUAUUUCUCGUUUGGAAAGAAAUCGAAUCCAUUUUAAGAAAAAACAAUCCACAGUGGAAAAUGCAGAUUGCCCGCGUUCUUGUGGGAAAUAGCAACAUUGUCGGCAUAGUCAUCCCUGACAAUUGCGAGUCUCAACUAACAGCUUUUCUUACAAAAUAUUAUCUUAGUGUUAAUUGCAUUAUGGAUUAAAGGACCCUCCAGCAGGGAUAAGGCAAAGUUUUUUGUAAUUUGGACGAGGGGUAAAGCUGGCAUCCAAUUUGAAGAUUACAAAAUUAUGUUCCGCCGUUUGAUAAAAAUAAUCUUCUACCUAGUUAACCAAGUUCUAAAGUUCUCAUUAUGUUUUUGUCCUCACUUAGAGUUUGCGCUUUGUAAAAUCAUCUGCUCAGAAGUCCACUGUUGAAUCAUUUUUUGUUUUUUUAAAUCACCACAUUUCGCAGCCGUCUUCUGCGUCUUCUUCAGUUGGGGUGAGGGAAAUCACGUAUUGUAUUCUUUUGAUAACCUGAAUAAAUACUACUUUUUCUUCUAAUGUUA